UUCAAAGUGGCAUUCGUUUAUGGGCGAUUUUUCCGUUUCCUGCACUUUCUUUAUUCUCCAAUGGGAAAGCGUAAGUCAAAGAGAAAGCCCGUCAAAAAGCUGAAGGCUGAACUGGACAAACAAUUCAACUGUUUGUUCUGCAAUCAUGAGAAGAGUAUAGAGUGCAAAAUUGACCACCAAAACAAAGUCGGACAUCUUUCCUGUAAAGUCUGCGAUGUGUCAUGGCAAUGCCCUAUUACCUAUCUGGAUGAAGCCGUGGAUGUUUAUUCAGCCUGGAUCGAUGCCUGCGAGAACGUAAAUAAGGAUAGAGGAAGUUCUAGAAGAGCACGCGGUGAUGAGGAAGAAGAACAAGAGGAAGGUUACGAAAGCCGACCACGACCGGCCGCGACAUAUGACGAUGAAGAAGAUGAUGACGAUUAUUGAAUGAUAUUGUACAAAACAGAAAAGAAUAACUUUGAUCGUAAAUACAUCAUUUGCGCUUUGACACUGCGGAUCUCAUCUCUUGGAAAUCCACUUGAAUAAAUACCAUGGGUAUCUGGAUAUAUCAUGCUGGCGUGCUCGUCGCCAUUUUUCUCGCA